UGUAAAGCCCACUCUUUUUCUGGAUCGCGUACCACGCAUCACAUAUUUUGCUGUUCCUCUCUUUCCCUCGCUCUUCCCUCUCUCCAUCUUUCAUUUACACUUCCCUCGUCCACUCCGCUCUCCAUCCAAUGGAAUCCACCGCCCUCUUCCGCCCUCUUCCCUUCCCCUCUUCCUUCCUCCUCCAUCGUUCUGUCCCCAUACGCCCUCCUUCCUCCGCUAUCUUCCCCACAAAUCGCUCAUCCCUUAAUCUCCUCCGCCGCCGCUGCCCUUCCCUUCCUCCCUGCCUUCUAUUUAACCGUAACGCUCAACAAAAGCCGCUCCUUUCCCUAAUACGCGCCUCUUCAUCGCCUCCUCACCCACCAUCUCCCCCGUCGCCGCGUCCUUCCGGGGCGAAGCCAUUGCCGCUCGCUAUCUCCGUCGCAAUCGGACUCGCCAUUCGCUUCCUCAUCCCCAAGCCCGUCGAGGUCACUCCCCAGGCGUGGCAGCUCCUAGCAAUCUUCUUCUCCACCAUUGCUGGGCUUGUGCUCAGCCCCCUCCCCGUAGGCGCCUGGGCUUUCAUCUGCCUCACAGUAUCCGUCAUCACGAGGACGGUCAGCUUCUCCGCUGCUUUCGGUGCAUUCACGAACGAGGUGAUCUGGCUGAUUGUGAUUUCUUUCUUUUUUGCUCGGGGGUUUGUGAAGACGGGGUUGGGGGAUCGGAUCGCUACCUAUUUUGUGAAGUGGCUUGGGAGGAGCACGCUAGGGCUUUCUUACGGGCUUACAGUGAGCGAGGCGCUGAUAUCUCCGGCAAUGCCUAGUACUACAGCGAGGGCGGGUGGAGUGUUUUUGCCGAUUAUCAAGUCUUUGUCUUUGUCUUCGGGGAGCAGGCCUGGUGAGAAGUCGUCCAAGAAAUUGGGAUCUUUUUUGGUCAUGUCUCAGUUCCAGUCAGCUGGUAACUCAAGUGCUCUUUUCCUAACUGCUGCAGCUCAAAACCUGUUGUGCCUAAAGUUAGCUGAGGAACUUGGGGUUAAGAUUGUUAGCCCAUGGGUAACUUGGUUUAAAGCUGCAAGUUUGCCUGCCAUUGCCGGUCUUAUCAUAACUCCGUAUCUUCUUUAUAAGAUCUAUCCCCCCGAAACUAAGGACACUCCAGGUGCAUCUGCUUUGGCUGCUAAAAAGCUUGAGCAGAUGGGACCUGUCACAAGAAAUGAAUGGGUUAUGGUUGCAACGAUGCUUCUUGCAGUUUCAUUGUGGAUUUUUGGAGAGUCUCUUGGUGUGGCAAGUGUGGUUGCUGCAAUGCUGGGAUUAUCAAUCCUGCUUUUGGUGGGUGUCUUAGAUUGGGAUGAUUGCUUAAGUGAACAAUCUGCAUGGGAUACAUUGGCUUGGUUUGCAGUAUUAGUUGGCAUGGCAGGUCAACUUACAAACCUCGGUAUUGUGUCAUGGAUGUCAAACUGUGUGGCCAAGUCUCUACAGUGUUUCUCUUUGAGCUGGCCAGUAGCUUUUGGUGUUCUUCAAGGAUCCUACUUCCUCAUCCAUUAUCUGUUUGCAAGUCAGACAGGACAUGUAGGAGCCCUUUAUUCGGCAUUUCUUGCCAUGCAUCUUGCAGCUGGAGUACCUGGUGUAUUGGCAGCUCUAGCGUUGGCAUACAAUACAAAUCUUUUUGGUGCACUAACGCAUUAUAGCAGUGGACAAGCUGCAGUUUAUUAUGGAGCUGGUUAUAUAGAUCUUCCAGACUUAUUCAGGCUGGGCUUUUUGACAGCCUUGAUUAACUGUUUGACCUGGGCAGUAGUUGGAUGCUUCUGGUGGAAAAUAUUGGGCCUCUACUAAACCUUUUGUAGCCAUUAUGAAACAUUUUUCUUCUUCAUUGCGCUGUACUGUCCAAUCAAUCAUUGAAGCAGCUCAGGAUUGCAUUUAUGGCUUCAUUUCACUGAGGCUGCUGCAGCUGCUGCUGGGUCUUCACGAUCUGUCACCAAAUAUUUAUGUUAAAUUGUUCUUUCAUCACAAUAAUUUGUAUACCGCUUCCAUCAUUAGUGAUAGUAGGAACUUCUCUUCCUGUUUCUCUGGCUUAAUGUUCUAUCUGUUUCUGUACCAGCACAGCUGCUUUUGUUUUUUUUUUUUUUCUUGGAAAAUGGAGAACCAGGCACAAAUUUGAUGUAA